AUGAGCCUUACAGAAUUUGCAAUGUUGUUUGAACCAUUCUAUCCGAAAAAAGUAAGCGAGACUGAAGAAAGUAUUGAUCAUGAUGCGUAUGAGGAACAUCCAAACACACGUCGCCAAUUUAUCACGUUGUUGGAUAAGAGCAAAAUGGUUGUGAGGAAUGUUCCCGCAGUUGUGAGGGUACCAUACUUUAUAGCGGCAUCAGAUCCAGAAAACUUUUUCUACAGUUUACUUAUUCAAUACAUGCCUUACCGUUCGGAAACUGAACUACUGGAAGGUUUUAAUAAUUCCAAAGAGGCCUUCUUAAACCGAGAGGAUCGUUUGAAGGAAAUGAGUAGUCAUAUGCGCCAAUUUCGAGAACGAGAUCAACAGCUUGAAAACGCAUUCAAUCAAAUACGUGCGUUUGAAAUUUUAGAGCAGCCAGAGAUUAUCGACCCUGAAGCUGAGGAAGAAGAAAUACCAGAGAUAGAAAUGAGCAAUGAACAAUUCCAGAGAGCACAGCAGGCUAUGAAUAUUGAUCAAAAACAAUUGUUCGUCGCCAUUACAGAGAGUAUCAAAAAUCAGCUUAACGGUGACACUAGGCGAGAGAAAAUUUUUGUAACUGGUGGAGCAGGCACCGGAAAAACUUUUCUUUUUAAUCUUUUGAAAAACCAAGUUAACCGAUGUUAUGGAAAAUCGGUUGUAAAAAUUGGUGCUCUCACUGGAGUUGCAGCACGGUUGGUCGGUGGAACUACACUACAUCGUCUGCUAAAACUACCAGUACAAAAAGAUGGAGUUAUUGUAAGCAUGCCGCUUCUAACUGGUAAUUACUUGAGAGGGAUGCGCCUAUUAUGGCAAAAUGUUGAGUUCUUGUUCAUAGAUGAAAUUUCUAUGGUACCUUAUGAGAUGCUGUGCAUGAUCGACUCUCGUUUGCGUCAACUAAAAAGCCGGGACGCUUGUUUUGGAGGCAUAAAUGUUUUACUCUUUGGUGAUCUAAUGCAGUUACCACCUGUCCGAGGACAUCAAGUAUUACAACAACCAGAGCACAUGAAACCUGCUACACAUUUAUGGCGGCUAUUCCGCCUGGUUAAACUCAAACAAAAUAUGCGCCAACAAGGAGACACAACGUUUAUAGAUGUGCUUAACGCCCUAAGAGUUGGAGAAUUAACAUCUAAGCAUAUGGAAGUUCUUUUAAGUAAAGUGUCAACAGAUGCUACUGAUGAAUUUUCGAUCGAGAGAGCUUUGAGAAUAUAUCCAACAAAUGACCAAGUUGCUAGACACAACGAAAAAGUUCUCCAGAGUUUUGAGGAUAAAGGGACUACGAUUUAUACAAUUAAUGCACAAGACCAACUCAUCGAUGCUACACGAAAUUUAGGUGAUACAAGUUUAGACUCUGUUAUACCUAAUGAUAUCAAUAAAACAGGAGGUCUUCCUAAAGUAUUGAAAAUAUUUGUAGGAGCUAAAGUGAUGUUAAGGUCGAACAUUGAUGUGUCAAAGGGUUUAGUGAAUGGCAACAUGGGCUUCAUUACCGAAAUUAUAUGGCCUAAUUUUCGCAGGGACCAAGUAUACGCGGAAGACAUCCCGUCAGUCCGUAUUGAUUUCGGUUCAGAUGGUGUCCACGUAAUUAAGCCAAUAUCAAUACAAUUUCCAGCAAAGUACAGCUAUGGAACUGCUGAGAGACGAAUGUUACCGCUAAUCCUGAGUUGGGCAUCGACCGUUCAUAAGAUGCAAGGCUGUACAGUUGAUCAUACAGUCAUUUAUCUGGGCUCUCGGCUGUUUGCUGCGGGACAAGCAUACGUAGCACUCAGCCGAUGCAGAUCUUUGGACGGGAUUCGAAUUGAGGACCUUGAUUGCUCCAAGUUGACGGGUAAAACCCUAUGUAACAGCGAAGCAUUAGAUGAAAUGGAACGACUAAGAAAUAAUUCAUAA